AUUCUUUGACCAUUUCUUUCAACUUUCUUAUUAUUAUUCCUUUCUAACACAAACAAUUAUACCCUUUUUUGCUUCCAUCACACAGUUUAUCUUCAAUAUUCUUUGAUUCUGUUUCAUCUUUCUUAAUUCCCAUUUCAAGAUCAUCCAAACCCUUCAAUCGUCUUCUUCCCACAUGUUUUUUCAUCUCAAUUUCAUCAAUCAAACCACAAGAACCAUAAAAAGAUGGUUAAUUAGGGUUUGUUAAGUAAAAAAGUUUGAAACUUUUGCCCUAAUUGCUGAAAAAUGGAAACCCUAGAUGUUGCCCCAUAUGCACAUAGUCCUGUACACAAAGCAGUAUUGACCAAAGAUUACACUGGGUUAAAGAAAAUAAUCGCGGGUCUCCCUCGGCUCGUUGACCCUUCCAUGAUCCGGACCGAAUCCGACUCGGUUGCGGAAGAAGCCAAGGCGGACGCGAUCUCCGCGGUGAUCGACCGCAGGGAUGUCCCUAACCGGGACACCCCGCUUCAUUUAGCGGUCAAGAAUAGUGACAUUGUCGCCACGGAGAUUCUUAUGCGUGCUGGCGCCGAUUGGAGCUUGCAGAACGAGCACGGGUGGAGUGCGUUACAAGAAGCGAUAUGCAGCCGUGAAGAAGUUAUUGCCAAGAUUAUAAUAAAACAUUAUCAACCCGCGGCUUGGGCUAAGUGGUGUAGAAGGUUACCGCGGUUAUUAGCAACGAUGAGGAGGAUGCGCGAUUUUUAUAUGGAGAUAACGUUCCAGUUCGAAAGCUCGGUUAUCCCGUUUAUUUCCCGGAUUGCUCCGUCGGAUACGUACAAGAUUUGGAAACGUGGUGCGAAUUUGCGGGCUGAUACGACGCUAGCGGGUUUCGAUGGUUUUAGAAUUCAACGGGCCGAUCAAACGUUUUUGUUUUUAGGUGAUGGUUCGGAAGAUGGGAAGGUGAAGCCCGGGUCGCUUUGUGUGAUUUUGCAUAAGGAUAAAGAAGUGAUGAACGCGUUGGACGGUGCGGGUGGGUCUGCCACUGAUGCAGAGGUGAACCAGGAGGUUCAAGCGAUGUCUCGGAGUAAUAUAUUUAGGCCCGGGAUUGACGUGACGCAAGCGGUUCUUGUGCCGCAGAUGACGUGGAGAGGGUUCGAGAAAACGGAAUUCGUCGGGAAUUGGAAAGCGAAAGUUUACGAUAUGCAAAAUGUUGUUGUGAGUAUUAAAUCGCGAAGGGCUCCGGGGGUUAAGCCGGACGAUGAGUUGUUUACAAAUGGUAACGACAACGAAAUGGAUAGGGAAGAAUUAAAUGAUAUUUUGACCGAUGAAGAGCGCAAGCAACUUGAAGAGGCGUUAAAGUCCAGUUCGUUGGAUCAGGACUGUGAAAAUAGCAACGGGACUGUUAAGCAUCAGCGUGGUUCUCGUGAGCGAAUAGAUAUCCCAAUUGAAGACGGUUUUAGUCAUGAAAAUAAUUAUAACAAGCGGGAAAAAGGAAAGAAAGGUUGGUUCGAUAGAUGGAGAAAACGGGAUACUAAGAGUAGUCAAAGUCAAGUUAUAUCCGGAAAACGUUCUAUAGAUAUCGUUUCUAGCGGAGAUGAGGAUAGAAAUGACAAACGUUUCGGUAAGAAAAGAGAUGGAAACCACGAGAGCGAGUAUAAGAAAGGGUUGAGGCCGAUUCUUUGGCUUUCGCCUGAUUUUCCGUUGCAUACCGAUGAACUAUUGCCUUUGCUUGAUAUUUUGGCGAAUAAAGUGAAGGCGAUACGAAGAUUAAGAGAAUUACUUACCACAAAACUUCCAAUCGGCACGUUUCCUGUUAAGGUCGCCAUUCCGGUGAUCCCCACCGUACGGGUGUUGGUUACAUUCACAAAAUUCGAAGAAUUACAGCCGUUGGAUGAAUUUUCAACACCACCUUCGAGUCCUCUACCCACAGAUCACAAUCUCCCAGCAAGCACAAGCUCGUCAUUUUGGUAUCAGUGGAUCAAAGCUCCGUAUCAACACCUCAGCUCAUCAACGAGCGCUUCAACUUCAUGUGUAGAUAACGAUCAUGACCCGUUUGUGAUUCCUGCUGACUACACGUGGAUCACAGCCGAAGAAAAGAAGAAGAAGAUGCAGGAAAAGAGAAGCAAAGAAAUGAAGAACUCGAAAGGGAGUAACCGAGUUUAGGAACAUGAUAAAUUGGUACAUUGGUUUGAUUGGUAUUUACUAAUGUAUAAUAAUAGUUUAUAAACAAAACUGUGGGGUAUAAAGAUAUAGUUAUAUAAAAACUCUGUGAUUCUUAAGUUGUU